AUGCUCGGAUUGUUCGACAUUCGUGUGAUGACAAAUACCAGUUGCAUUGGUGAUCUUGCAAUUGCAUUAACUUCAAUUCCAAGGUUGUGUGAAUCUUGUCAAAGAACCGACCCAGUCCAGCAGCGCUCCAUCAGUUCCCAUGAAUCCAGUGGUAAACCAUGGCCCUUUAGAGGAUGGGCAAUGGAUCUUAUUGGCAAGAUCUAUCCAGCCAGCAGCCAGCAGCACUGCUUUAUCAUUGUUGCCACAGACUACUUCACCAAGUGGGUGGAGGCCAAGGCUGUUAAAUCCACUACAUCUCAAGAGAUCAUCAUUUUCAUAGAAGAACAGAUUAUCCAAAGAUUUGGCAUCCCAGAAUCAAUCACAACUGAUAGAGGAUCAUCUUUCAUAUCUAGAGAAAUGCUGGACAUGGCAGAGGCAUUCAAAUUCAGACUGCUCCAAUCCACUCCUUAUUAUGCCCAAGCCAAUGGACAGGCGGAAUCAAGCAACAAAGUAAUCAUCAACAUUAUCAGGAAAAUGCUUGAAAAGAAUCCAAAACAGUGGCAUGAGAAGCUGUCAGAAACUCUGUGGGGCAUAUAA